CUCUGAAGAUGACAUCACUGUGGAUUCUUCUCUUAUCUCUGAACAUCAUCACUCCAGCCCAAUCUGUGGAUUUUUCCAAACCAUCAUUUCUCUCAGUGAAGUCUGGAGAACGUGUGACUCUUAACUGCUCAUUUAGAGACAUUGAUCCGGGUGAAAGUUUGUUCUGGUACAAACAAAUAUUUGGAGAAAUGCCUCAAGAAGUGGGAGAAAAAACAAAUUAUCAAGAUAUCAACAUUUCCCCCAUGUUCAAGACGUCAGGAUUUAAAAUGGAGCAGACUGAGAACGGCGUUUCUCUGACAAUCUCACAUGUAAAAAAAGAAGACGGAGGAUUUUACUACUGUGGGAAAGUUUACUUGGACCAAGCUACGUUCAUCACAGGAACUGUCUUGGCUGUAAGAGGUGAUGGAGAUGUAAAAGUGUCAGUGAUCCAGAGCGGCGUGUUGGACUCGGUUCCUGCAGGAGCGUCAGUGACUCUGCAGUGCUCGGUUCUCUCUGAGAGCAGAGCAGCAGAACACCAAGUGCUCUGGUUCAGAGCUGCUUCACCACAAUCCCAUCCUCAAAUCAUUUACACUCAUCACAGCAGCAGCCGUCAGUGUGAGAGCAGCUCUUCUACACACACCUGUGUGUACGACUUCUCCAAGAACAUCCUCAGCAUCAAUGAUACUGGAACUUACUACUGCGCUGUGGCCGUGUGUGGGAAGAUCAUUUUUGGGAACGGGACUCGAGUACAGUUGGAGAACUCUCCAAAAUUUGUGAUCUACCUCGCAGUGGUGGUGGCACUGUGUGUGGUUGUGAUCUUCGCUCAAGCUUUUAUAAUCUGUAAAAUGAGGAACUGUGAACAAACCAGAGAGUAUAAAGUCACAGACAUUUUUGAACUUCUGAUAAAUGGAGAACUGUCUGAUCUUGACUGCUUGGAUUCAGGAAAUGAGGCAGAUGAGGCCAGGAAAGAAUUUGAGGUAGCAGCUGAGGUUGAGGUAGAAGACAGUGUAGGGACAGAGGAGCAUGAGGAUCUAACAGUUACCAGGAAGGAAGAGAUUAAAUAG